AUGUGGAUAUCGAACCUCUUCAUGUGCGAAUUGCAGCUGCUGCUGUUGCUUAGUCCCCAGAUAGUCAGAUCUAUUUCGACGGCCAGACAGGAACAGCAGGAACUUGUGAACCGAGCCUCAGCAAACCAGACACUGAACAGUUCGCUGCACUCCCUACGCGCAGUGCUUGAACCCGAGCGGGCAGCACCAAGAGUACUGCAAGAUUUCAAUCCGGAUGAUGUUCCAACAGAGGAAGAACUGAAGCAGAACUUCUCUGGAGACUGGCUGUUUCACGUGAAAACCACAGCUUGUCACGGCAAUGCAUUUGACAAUGGAGCUGGCACUUCAAUCUCCCGGACAUUUCUCCCAUUUCUUUGUGUCGGUUGCGUUGGCUUAGUCCUUUGGUCAAGCGGAGAGAGACUCCGCAAGCGAGAACGAGGAGAUCGCGACGCCGACAACAUCGAACGGGCAGACCGAGCAGACCGAGCAGACCGGGCAGAUGACGAAGCUUCAAGGGAACAGAAGCUUGAAAAGAAUGAAAAAACGCAAAGCAAGCGACUUUUCCACGUGGAUUUUGCACGGAUUUGUGCUGUCAUGUGUGUCAUCUUCGAACAUUCUGGUGGAAUCAGCUACACUCACCGCAACGUGGGCUUUGGACUUUGGUGGGCACUUCCGUAUUUAUAUGUGACCAGUGGCAUGUCUUCUAUGAUGACGAAAUCCAGUAUGUGUGGCUAUGCGUUCCGCCUUCUCAUCGUGUUUGCAGCAGGUGUGUCAGCCAAUCUUUUUGCUGAUGUGAUGACUAAAAGAGACUGGAAGCACGACUUUGGCAACACCAUCUUUCAGAUGUUCUUCGUGGUGAUGCUCCUGAUCAUGGCUCCCCUUGCCGAGCCCUUGCGGCAAGCCUUGCGCACGCGUGAAAAGGACGGGGCCAAGGAUGCCAGUACCCAGCUCUUUACCAUCUUCUGGGGUACCGUUUCGGCCGGAGCCUUGGCAUUCUUCGUCCGAGGCUUUACCGGGGAUACGGAUAUCGUGACCCAGACCUUUCAGGAAGAAAACGUUUCGAAAUGGAUCCAGUUCUAUGCUCCGGUGCUGCGACAUACACCACUGAUUCUGGUGCAUGUGGGUGGGACGCUGUUCCUGAGCCUGUUGGCUGCCAUGGUGUGCCGGGAUGAGAAUACCGGAAUGAUCGGCUGGGUCUUGCUGGCCUUUUCCUAUAUGCAGAUGGUGGUGAUUCCCUGGGAUCAGGAUAGCUUUGCUCACUUGGUGAACUUGAACAUUGUCGGAAUGGUGACCUUCCAAUGGCCACUGGCUGGAAGCGAGAAGAUUGCGACGCUGGUGAAAUCGUAUUGGCCUUUCCUCUUGAUGCUGCUUUGUUUGGACUCUAUGCCAGACAUGUGGGGACGUUGCGAUGUGCAUUCUCCUUACUCAACUUGGGAAAGAUUUCGCAUGUUCCUGGGCGAGUUUACCUUGGUGGUUUGCUUCAUCGCUGGCGCCUUCACCCCAUCAGACCCCAAGGGGGUCACCGCCUGGCUGAAUUUGUGGUCGCUCUAUGCCUAUUGUUUCCAUGUCAUGUGGUACCGCCUCUUUGGUUCACCCUAUGGUGCCAUCAUCACCUUCGCCGGCAUUCCCAUGUUUUACUUCAUGACCGCACCAUCCAAGCCCAAGGAGUCGCAGGAGCCGAAGGAGCCGAAGGACUCCAAGGCAUGCUCGAGCCUUGAGGCUGCGGCUUUUCUCAGUUUGACGCAGUUUGUUGACGCUUUCGUUCUUAUUUCCAUCCCAAUGGUCUCCAUCUUUGUGAAAUUCACGUUUCUUUUGGUUAUCGAGAGUGUGGCCAAAAGAAUGGGCAGUGGUGGAUCUCUCUCAACAGAUGUAGGUGAAGAAUGGGAGAUGACGUGCGUGGAAGUACGGAGCUCCGACUAUUGCAAAGGUGAGUGGCAAUUGGUGGACGGAAAGUGUUGCACUUACAAAUGGGCAAAGUGCACCACAGGUAAUUUUCACCAUUGCAAGAAGCCCUGGACCUACCUUGGCGGUGAUGACCAAUGUUGUCUGACUUCAGAUAACCAAAUGUGGCUCACUGAAAUCAAGAGUGACUUCCAUUUUUGCAAAGGCGACUGGACCUACCUGGGUGGCAACGAUAAAUGUGUCACCACCAAAUGGACAAAGUGUACGAAAGGUAACUUUCACCAUUGCAAGAAGCCCUGGACCUACAUGGGCGGCGAUGACCAAUGUUGUCUGACUUCAGAUCACCAAGUGUGGCUCACUGAAAUCAAGAGCGACUUCCAUUUUUGCAAAGGCGACUGGACCUACCUGGGUGGCAACGAUAAAUGUGUCACCACCAAAUGGGCACAGUGUACGAAAGGUAACUUUCACCAUUGCAAGAAGCCCUGGACCUACAUGGGCGGCGAUGACCAAUGUUGUCUGACUUCAGAUCACCAAGUGUGGCUCACUGAAAUCAAGAGUGGCUUCCAUUUUUGCAAAGGCGACUGGACCUACCUGGGUGGCAACGAUAAAUGUGUCACCACCAAAUGGGCACAGUGUACGAAAGGUAACUUUCACCAUUGCAAGAAGCCCUGGACCUACAUGGGCGGCGAUGACCAAUGUUGUCUGACUUCAGAUCACCAAGUGUGGCUCACUGAAAUCAAGAGUAACUUCCAUUUUUGCAAAGGUGACUGGACCUACCUGGGUGGCGACGAUAAAUGCGUCACGACCAAAUCGGCAAAGUGCACCAAAGGUAGCGCUUACAAUUGCAAGAAGCCCUGGACCUACAUGGGCGGCGAUGACCAAUAUGGCUCCACGGCCCAUGGGCUCGCCAUGGGCUCGCCAUGGGCGCGCCUCACGUGGCUGUGCGCCUUCUGGGUGCCAGCUGAGACGCAGCGGGUGGUACCUGACUGGCGGCAAGUUCCAGGAGAUGUAAAUUGGUACGUUGGCUGCGGCCUGGGCAACCUCGACAUCCGUGGUCCCGUCGCAGCUGGCCUGGAGCAAAACAAGGUGCGAAAGCAUACCGCUGUUUGCCUCAGUCAUUGUGGACCACCCUCCUGCACGCUAAAGUUAGCUGAAUCGGAUUGCAAUUGCCUGAAAUGCACAAUGUUUUGUAUGGCAAGAGGAUCCUACGUGGACGAAUGCCUCAACAAUCACACUCGUGAUUUGUGCACGGGCUUCCAGAGCACAAUACAAGUCGUGACCAACCGCACUUGUGACGUCGACUGCGAUAGUGCGUCACGUUUGGGGUGCUUUGCAAUUCUGCUGAGCUUCAUCAGCUUGUUGAGAUUUCAAAUGUGAGGGUUUCACGUAUUUCAAUGUCAGUGAGCAUUUGCACUAAAGUCAGGCACUGACUAAUUCAGACCCAGCUCAGAUCCCAAAGGGAGUUUCCAAAA